AUGGCGGCCUGGCUCGGCGUCCGCGGGCUGCUCGACUUCCCCGGCGGCGACAACGCAUCCGACACCGUCUUCGCCGGCGUCCACUUGAACCAGACGACGCUGCGGCACUGGAACUACACCUACUACAGCAACGAGACGCUCUCCAACGGCUCCCACUGCUUCCUGACCUUUGCGCCCUACCAGCCCGCCUUCGUCUACACCAACGGCUCCUUCGUCAACGCCACCUGGUGCUACGUCGCCAUCGACCACAUCGGCACCCGCGGCUACGUCGGCAUCGGCUUCGCCGUCCUCUACGGCCUCGCCCUCAUCCUCUCCCUCACCCUCCUCGCCAAGCACGGCGCCCGCUACCUGCCCGUCGAGAAGCGCUUCUACCCCAUCGGCCGCCGCUGGCAAUGGUACUGGGGCUGCUUCGUCUGCGCCUGCGCCCUCGUCAGCCUCAUCUCCAACGUCGACAUUGACCGCUACUACCUCCAGGAGCUGCCCAUUGUCCUCGCCAUCUUCUUCUGGUUCCUGCUCUGCCAGGGUACCCUAGCCCUGACCUGGGAGGCUGUCCGCCACUGGGGCAGCUGGCUCGAGAGGCAGUUCAUCGACCCCAACCCCUUUGUCUACCGCAUAGACGACCGCCGUGCCCAGGUCGAGUUUUGGCUGCCGCUGUGGUUUUACUUUUGGGUCUGGCUGAACUUCUUCCUCGUCGUCCCUCGAAACUGGACCUUUGUCGAGCUGCAGCGAUCGCCCGAGCAGAUUCGCACCGAGGCCAUCCCCGCAGCCACCGGCACGCGUUUCAAAGCCGGCGCCUUCUGUCUCGUCAUCGCCUGGCUCACCAUUGUCUUCUCGCUCCACCACUCCAUCCGACACUACAAGCCUCGCCACCGCGGGCUGUGGAAUCGCGGCGUGGGCCUGAUGCGGGCCGUACCCCUCCGCUUCGCCCUCAUUCUCCCCCUGUGCCUGGCUCUCAUUGCCUACCAGGCCUUCAUGUCGUUUGCCUGGGAGUUUUCCAUUAUAAAAUACGACGGCAUGGUGCCCGUCAUCUUCGCCUGGGGCUACGGCCCGUCGGUGCUCAUCUUGUACAUCCAGAUCGCCUACGGCUACGCGAGCCCCAACGAGGACAAGGAGCUCAUGCGGCAAAGGCGAGAGCGGGGUGAAAUGGUCAACCGCGAACUCGGCAUCGUCAAGCAGCCGGCGUGGUGGCGGCGCGUGCGGGGCGAUCACCUCGGCACCUUGCGCGACAAGAUCAAGCGCAACGUCGACGAGGUGGGCGGCGAGCGCGGCGUCGGGCGCAGGGUCGAGGAUGACAUGGAGCGGCAUGCGCGGCAAGAGGCGGAACGCUCUGCCCUCGACAACGACGGCAUCGAGCUCGGCCGCGUCGCGCGAGGCGGUGCCUCCGACCCCCGGGUUGACCGGGCGGGCGUGGGGAGCGUGCGGACGUCGAUGCGGUAUCCGGGCAAGUCGGAUCGGCGGCACACGGACCGCAUAUUGGAGACGGCGGCCGGCGUCCUGUUCCCCAACGACGCCGACGGCCAGCGAGCCCAGCGCGCUGCCCACCUGACGGAAGAUGUCGACGGAGUGGCCCCGCCGCCCUAUAGCAACGGCGAGAGGCACAGGUCGGAGACGAGGACGCAGAUGGCGGGUCCAAGGACCAACAGCACGUCGACGACCAACUCGACAAGCGCUCCUCCGCAGCAGGUGCGCAGCAUGCUGGAUGUCUGA